GAAAGGACUUUGUUCCAUCAGCUAUCUCCAUGCCUAAACCUAUCUGUGUCACCCUUUGAUAUUGUAUCAUAUGACUUCCGACUUCACGUACAACAUUUGCGAAAGUUUGUCAAAGUCCGUGUCAGUUGACAUGACGUAAAUGAUUGUGACCACCGCGACAGUAUCUAUCUGCUUUCCCGUUAUAAACGGCUGUAGUGGAGAUAAUGGAAUUUCAACUAAACGUCAACCUUCUUUUAACAAAUUAGGUAAUAUGAAAUUUCUUACGCUUAGACGUCCUUGAAUAUACUCGGUAGUGCACGUGGUACAUUUCCAGGAAAAGCGGCGUUUCUCGGAAUUGGUGUAAGGUCAUUUGCCCGGCUUACAACAUUUGGAUUUCCAGAAUUCACUGGCCUCAAGAACACCAGCAAAUUAGAGACAAAUCUCUGUAGGAGUUCCCCCUUAUUUACAACAUAAAAUGGACGAGGGUCGUUUGAAAGAAGCGAAAAGGUUUUUCAUGGGGGAAAAUAUGAAAUCGGAUGCUGUCAUAGAGGUGGAAGCCCACGAGUUUCAAGUGGACAUGAACAUAAUCUCUCUGGCAUCCUCGACACUGGCCAAUGAGUUCCAGCCACAUCCAGACCCAAUCUCUCCUCCGGGCGAAACUAACAAAGCGGUGGCCAAGUUGGUCGGACCAGUUGACCACAUCUUGGACAUGCUGACCUUCAUCUACCCCAACUUCGGGAACGUUGUUAACAAACACAACGUCGAGUACCUGCUUCAAUUGGCUGUGAAGUACAAGCUGCUAUUUCUGCAAGAGGCGUGUGGAAAAUAUAUUGUAGAAGCGCUAUCUCGGAUGCAAUGCAUGUGCGAUUUGCCUGCCUACAGAAAAAUGCAGUGGUACGAUCGACCUAUUAUGGAACGUCUCGUGCGAUAUUUCGCGUUGGCACACCAAACUGACUUAGUGGAGGCAAGGAAACGUUGUAUGGAUAAGUUAGUAAUACACCCUUACAGUGAACAAAGGAAAUAUAAGGACAAAAUAUUAGUACCGACACGAAACAUUGCGGCGUUCAAGCAGCUCGAUCCUACUACAAGAGGGGAGAUAGAGCGAAACCGAGUAUUGUACCUAGAAGGUACCUACGGUAAAGUGACAGACAAAGUGGAAGACCUCUGAGACGGGGGACACCAAGAGUAUACAACCAACAACCCAAACAACUUCAUCUGUACACGAUGUGGCAACGACAUCCCCGACGUGGAUAUAGUAUAUAUAUCUAGGAUACACACGGUCGCUCUAGUUUAUUUACACUUAUGGACCACGUGUCAAGAG